AUGGAAGGGCACGUCGUUUCCAAGGACCCCGUGUCGCCCAAAUGGACCAUCCCGCCCUACAACGCUCCCCCUGUGGACGAGUUUUGCCGACCUCCUGGCCCCCUGAAGCUGCGACCACCAAGGGCAAGAUCCAAUUCGGAAUCAAACCAUGCCGAGAAAGUGUCCUUUCGCUUUCGAACGCGUUUGAUUACCGCCGCCGCCACGAAACACUCCUACAUCCACCCUCACGUUCUGCUUCUUCAAGUCCUCCCAUCCACUACGGAGCGACUUGUCCGAACUGUCGUCGGUCUUCUUCCCUCCUUUUUACGCGCCCAAUUCGAAGCGUUCUUUCCUGAAUGGAGCAUAUCUUCCCGGCUUGUACUGAAACGUUACAAGGAAGGUUGGGAUGAGGAGUUCGACAUGGAGAAGGUAAUUUAUGAGAGGGUCAAGCCCUUACAGGGAAUCGUCGUCCCAAUAUGCUACGGUGAGCUCAAGUAUAAGGGCACUAGAAGCCUCCUAUUGUCCGAUAUCGGUGGGGAAAACCUAGCUACACCCGAGGGAUCCCUAGCUGAGCCGAGAGAUCUUCGUCGCAUGCUGCACGAGGCCUUUAGCGCUCUUUCUCAAUUUGGUAUAGCACAUGGCGAUUUGAAGCUGGAUAAUUUCCAUAUUGUCGGAGAUAAGAUUUUCGUUCUCGAUCUGGAAAGCGUGGAUGAGAAUCUUUCCGACGAAGACUUUGCCAUUCGCAUCAAAGACGACAUUAAAUUCCUCACUCGGCAGUAUGAGGCUAACCAAGAUUGCUUCUGGGAAGACGGACUCGUCGUGUUAAAUACCUAA